AUAUAAAUUCCCUCAAAACACUCACAACAACACUUACUCAAACUCAUCAUCUUCUACAAAUUCCAUUACCAAAUUCACUAAAUCAUAUCAUGGGCUUCAAAGGUUUCGUAGAAGGAGGAAUAGCUUCCAUUGUCGCCGGAGCUUCAACCCACCCACUUGACCUUAUCAAGGUCCGAAUGCAGCUUCACGGCGAGCCCACUCUCACCCCUUCAAUUAAUCCAAACCCAUCUUUAAUAUUCCGUCCAGCCAUGCCCGGAAACAUCUCCGCCGUCCAUUCCAUCCACCUCAUGGAUCCACCGCCACGUGUCGGCCCAGUAUCCAUAGGGGUAAACAUCGUCCGUAGCGAAGGAGUCGCCGCUCUCUUCUCAGGCGUCUCCGCCACAAUCCUCCGUCAAACCCUUUACUCCGCCACCCGAAUGGGUCUCUACGAAGUCCUUAAACAAAAAUGGACCGAUCCCCAAACGGGCAAUUUCACGCUCCCCAAAAAAAUCGCAGCCGGCUUAGUCGCCGGAGGCGUCGGCGCAGCUGUCGGAAACCCAGCCGACGUGGCAAUGGUCCGUAUGCAAGCCGACGGUCGGCUCCCGAUUAGCGAGCGAAGAAACUACAAGAGCGUGGUGGACGCGAUCAGCCAAAUGUCGAAGAGCGAAGGCGUGGCUAGCCUUUGGCGCGGCUCGGCUCUUACUGUGAACAGAGCCAUGAUCGUGACGGCUUCGCAGCUGGCUUCGUAUGAUCAGAUAAAGGAGACGAUUUUGAAAAAGGGUUUGAUGAACGAUGGGAUUGGGACACACGUGGCGGCUAGCUUUGCGGCGGGGUUUGUGGCGGCGGUGGCGUCGAAUCCAGUGGAUGUGAUUAAGACUAGGGUGAUGAAUAUGAGGUUUGAGAGUGGGGCGGCGCCGCCUUACUCCGGGGCUUUGGAUUGUGCGGUUAAAACGGUUAGAGCUGAGGGUGUCAUGGCUUUGUAUAAGGGAUUUAUUCCUACCAUUUCUAGGCAAGGACCUUUUACUGUGGUCUUGUUCGUUACAUUGGAACAGAUCAGAAAGGUUCUUAAGGAUUUUUGAUUCAACCAUUACUUAUAUAAUAAUAAUAAUAAUAUUCAUUAUUCUUUUUUCUGAGAAAAAAUGUUUUCUUAAUAUGUAAAUGUUUUUCUUUUUUAAUUUAAAAAUUAAGUUCCUUCAAAGAACUAAAAUUAAUUAAUGAAAAUUCUUGUAUUAAUGCUACGUGCACUCAUAGUUACAUAAACUCUAUUCGAUCAUAUGAUUAUCACCGAUAGCAAAAAGUAUUUUCAGUAAGAUUUGAUUCUUUCACCUCUAAGUUACAAAUAUAAUAAAUAUAAUAUUAUCUCUAUAAAUAUCAUUUUUAUUAUAAAUAUAUUUUAGAACUACUUAAAAUACAUAUAUAAUUUUUUUAGAUUUUUUUUUGAGACAUUAUGUGGAUUUGCCCGGACUACAUAUGAGUUACAUAUAUAUAAGGCGUUGGUUUUUUAAAACCAUUUAGCUUCGCCCUGAUCAGCGUUGGUAGAGAAUUUCGCCAAAACCGAAAUUGAAAGGCCUAAAAAACCGUCUCUAAAAGAUGAUUUUGUAGUAAUGAUUAUUUAUAAAUGUUUAAAUCACCAAAUUAAUUAUUAUCAUUAAUGUUUAGUUGUAUUUUCCUUUAUUACAUUAAUUUAGUUUUUCAUUCUUUUAGUCAAAUUUUUGUAUAAAUUGGGGUUCACCCAUUGAAAUGAACAACUGAGAAAUUCUCAUUCAGUGUCUUUUUCUCUCUUCA